GAAAGCUGGUGUGGUUCACUGAGGAGGGCAUCUACUGGUGAAAACAUCUAAGCAAAUGGUGGAUCAUUUCAUUGCUACAGUGGCCCUAAAGACAUAGCUUUCCUGAGGUGGUGGAUGUUUUGGAGACGGAAAUUGAAGCUUUGCCCUCAGCUCUAAAGUCUAAAGCUUUGCUUGCUAUUCAGAAGGAUCAGAGAAAGAUAUAAAGAUGAGUUGGAAGAGGAGUGGGCGAUCUUAAUUUUGUUGACCCUUAUUACAGAUAUGGCUUCUUCCAAAGGAACAGAGUCAGAGUCAGAGAUAGCCAUUGUUGUUAUGGGAGUCAGUGGAGCUGGAAAAUCUACAAUAGGUGAGAUGUUGGCAAAAAUGACAAAUUUCAGCUUCAUUGAUGCUGAUGAUUUUCAUCCCAAUUCAAACAAAGAAAAGAUGAAGAAAGGGAUCCCUCUUACAGAAGAAGACAGGAUCCCAUGGCUCGAAACACUUCGAGAUGUCUUAAGGAAAAGUUUAGAAGAUAAGAAAAGCCUGAUUCUCGGGUGUUCAGCGCUGCAAAGGCGAUACAGGGAAAUUCUUCGAUCAGCCGAUCCAAACUAUGCACCACAAAGCUAUGGCACAAGCAAUAUUGUGAAGUUUGUUUUGUUGGAUGCUUCGGCUGAGGUGCUCGAGGCUCGGUUGGAGAAGAGAGCUGCAGAAGGAAAGCAUUUUAUGGCGUCUACCCUUUUGAGAUCGCAGUUGGAGUUGCUUCAAAUUGAUGAUUCCGAAAAUAUAUUGAAGGUAGAUGCCACUCUUGCUCCUCAAAUUAUUGUUGAUACUAUUCAAACAUUGAUGAUUAGGGGAUGAUGAACACAUUAAGCUUAGAAAAAUAGUUGUAAAGAUUUAUAUUAGAACUGUGUUUGAUGUUAAUUAUGAAUUGAACAAAAAUCUUCAUUUUAUUUUAUUCAAA